GAACACACGUUUAGGCGUGCGGUCGUUAUGUUGGGUACAGUGCGUCAAUUUGGGUUAAAUGUGUGUGGAUAAUAUUCACCGGAAAAACGGCAUAGUCACUUUCAGUUUAUCAAUAUUUUUAAAGUGAACUUGUAUUUUAAUAAUGGCACGUUACGAUCGAGCUAUCACAGUAUUCUCUCCCGAUGGUCAUUUACUUCAAGUCGAAUAUGCCCAGGAAGCCGUGAGAAAAGGAUCGACAGCGGUUGGAGUUAGAGGAUUAGAUGUAGUAGUACUUGGCGUUGAGAAGAAAUCGGUAGCUAAGCUUCAAGAAGAACGUACUGUCCGUAAAAUUUGCCUUCUCGACGAUCAUGUUGUUAUGGCAUUUGCUGGUCUUACUGCCGAUGCGAGAGUGUUAAUCAAUCGAUCACAAAUUGAAUGUCAAAGUCACAAAUUAACUGUAGAAGAUCCAGUUACGUUAGAAUAUAUUACAAGGUUUAUGGCAAGCUUGAAACAAAAGUAUACGCAAAGUAACGGCCGAAGACCUUUUGGAAUUUCAUGUCUUUUAGCUGGUUUCGACUACGAUGGCGUGCCACACUUAUAUCAAACAGAGCCAUCUGGUAUUUAUUACGAGUGGAAAGCAAAUGCUACUGGUCGCAAUGCUAAGACGGUCAAAGAGUUCUUAGAGAAAUAUUACACCGUUGAAGAAGUUGCCACGGACAAAGGUACUAUAAAAUUAGCUAUCAGGGCACUCCUUGAAGUUGUGCAAUCUGGUCAAAAGAAUUUAGAAAUAGCGGUUAUGCGUCGAGGCCAGCCAAUGCAGAUGCUUGAUUCCGAUACAAUUGGCGAAUAUGUAACUGAAAUUGAAAAGGAGAAAGAGAUCGAAGCCGAGAAGAAAAAACAAAAAAAGUGAUCGCAUUUAUGUUAAACAUACAAUAUAAUAUAGAUUUUUCAUUCUUGCUAAAGUUGCUACUAUUUGAGGGAUCUGUGAAGGUGUUUUAAGAUCUUAAGACUUUAUACUUUUACGUUGCAUCAUUGUGAAAUAUGUGAAUGCGCUUCAGUACUGAUGCAAAUGUAAAAGUAAUUUUUUCUAUUAGAAAAUAAAGAAAAUGACUCAUA